UGCUACUGGUGCGAGGUGUCUCUGUGUGUGUGUGGGUUGAAUGAAUGCAUUCGUUGGGCGGAGGGCGCCGGUGUAAGGGCAAACGGGAGUGGAGUGUUGGCUUUAGCGUCGGCCCUUCCGCCGGCAGUGUUGGCAGCGUGGUUCGUCGCGAGCAGGUUAGUUGAGCUCAGGCCGCGACCGUUGCAGCACGUGUCUCGAUUCUCCGGGCAGCAGAUUCGCUUUGUACGGGCUGGCUUUUUUUUCGCACAAACUUCCCAUUUCCCCUUUGCUCCGUGCAGUGGAACGAUUUUGAAGUAGAGUUUUACAUUUGAGAAAUAAAAUUUAAACCGUUUAUAGAUCGAAUAGGAAAAAAAACAGGUGUUUUCCCGCUUUACAAAACAGCGCGAAACUAUUUCGUGUCAAAUCCCAAUUGUGUCACGUAGUGUAUUGGAUCGUGCUCAGUGUGUGUUGGUGUGUAUUUAAAAUUCCAAUCGAAAUUUGAGGUGAAAGGUUCAGCCUUUCGAGAGUGGAAAACAGUGAGAAGUAAAAGAAAGCAACCAAAUACAACCUCCGUUACCUCUUUCGGGUUUAUUAAACGGCUAAAGCGUUCAGUGAUUUCGGGCAUCGAUUAAACAACAGCUACGACCACACAAAAUGUCCUGGAGAUACGCGUUCUACAAUUGUGCCUUGGUAGAAGGCAGACACGCCAAACAGCUUCCACAUUUCCAGUGCACGGACGACAAGUGGGAAUGCAAUAAAGAAAACUCGCCCACACCGACACACAAUCUGUGUGAGUAUUCUUGUUGUGCCCAGGCCAACCCAUGCCCCAACAACCUCUUCAGCAGCGGUGCGUGCGGCGGCUGCAAGCGGAACUUCUGGAACGAAUCUCCUAAUCCGGCGUUGGACGUGUUCGUGCGGAACGCGUAUCUGACACACUACCGUAACAACGACAAGAUGGCAGAACAAACGACCGGCAGGCAGCUACAGCGGAUCCUGCACUACUCCGUCACACCGUGCCGGCCCAUGCUGGGCCUUCGACGUUCCGAAUGUGCAUUAUACGACGUUGACUGUGAUGAAGUCUAUCCACGGCUGUACAUUGGCGAUGCCAACUCAGCUAAAAACAAACAGUAUUUGCGGCUGAUCGGUGUAACGCACGUGCUGAACACGGCGGAAGGCACGCGCUUCGGGCAGGUGGAUACGGGCCACAGCUACUACCGGGACAUGUCCGGCAUCAGGUGUACGUUCAGGUAUAUGGGCUUUCCGAUGAUUGAUCAGCCGACGACGGACAUCAGCCGGUACUUCUACAUUGCCUCCAAGUUUAUCGAGAAUGGUAUCAACAGUGGAGGUAAGGUCCUUGUGCACUGUAUGAUGGGCAUGUCCCGUUCGGCGACCUGCGUGCUGGCGUACCUCAUGAUCGCCCGCAAGAUGACCGCCGCCGAGGCGAUCCGCACCGUCCGAAUGCAUCGGGACAUUCGCCCGAACGAGGGCUUCCUCCAGCAGCUGGCCGAUCUGGACAAUGAGCUGAAGCGUGACCGGUUGUACUAUUGACUCGAGUGUGGCCAACGCUUCAGGAAGAAAUAAUGCCGAUUAUAUUAAUCUAAACGUGUGGGGGGGGAAAAAACAUGGCGCAAACCGAGGCAGCAGCUCUAACCCAACAGCAGAACAACACGCACCCAUCAUGUGUUUGUGUGCAUGGAAACUAAUAUACUCUCAAGCUCAUCCAAUCACACGAACAACAAAACAAUGCUAUUUUAAACACUUACUGUGCAGGCGUACGUAAUGGAUGCUCGGUUGAAGGUUUCCAGGGUCGUGCUCGUGACAUAUAGAUGGCAGCUCUAGUCGGCAGGCAAUAUUGUGAUUUAGAAAACAAAAAAAAAAAAUCGAACAGGGGAGGGGAAAUUUUGUUUCUUGUUUUGGGGACACUACUCCAACAUCCAUUCCGAAUACGGGGAGGGACAGACAACACGAGGAGUUGGAGCAUUACAAUUCGCCUGCGGCUUAUUGUUGAUGGAGUUCAAUAAGGUGACGCACAGAAAGAAGUUACUACACCAAAUAUAACAUUAUGAGUUAAGUAUGCAAAACAAAAAACUACAUUCUACCACACAUCUUAGAUCGUUUGUGUUUGCUCUUGUAUGUUAGAUUAAUGUAUGACAUUACAGAGGAGGCUCUACAUUGACCGCUUUUGUUAAACUUGAGCUGGAGAAGCAAAUCACAACCUAAAGAAUUCCUCCAUGAGACCAUUUAAGACCAGAAACAAUAUCAGAAUUUCGCUUUAACAAAAAUUGGUUUUUUCCAAAACCAAUCAACGAACAAGAGAUCUUUGCAGAAGAUACAACAGCAAUCCAGGGAAAUACAAAACAUACCAAUCCUUUACCCGAGUAGUAGUGCUAGCGAAGACUUUUGAAAGGGUGAAAGGAACUCCGUUGUCUAGGAUUAGAUCCGCUAGUCAGCUCUCCAGGAGUACAACAAUAGGCAGAACUUCUCACCAGUCAUGGUUGAGUGGUCGUUGUACAGAUGCUAGAGACACCGAACUCCACCGUAUGUCAGCUGAGAUUAUGUUACCAUUUCACUACGUUCUGAAGGCAACUACCACUGUGUACUACAUCUAAUCUAAUGAAGCAAACUCUACACUUGAAUCAACAAGAAAUGAGAGGAAGCAA